AUGAGCCCCCUGAACACCAGUAUUGUGCAUCCUGACUUCUUUUUCAUAAGUGGUCUUGCCGGUAUUCCCCAUACAAAAUACUACUAUGUCUUCUUGUGCUUUGUGUAUGCUGUGACUGUACUGGGAAACUCUUUUGUCAUGUGUAUGAUUUACACUGAGCAGUGUCUUCACAGUCCAAAAUACGUCGUAGUUUUUAACUUGGCUCUGUCCGACUUGUGUGGAAGCACGGCACUCAUUCCUCAGGUGAUUGACACCUUCCUGUUUAAGUCACAGUUAAUCUCCUUCGAGGCCUGCUUAACUACCAUGUUUUUUGUUUUAGGGUUUCUCCAUAUGCAGUCUUUCACUCUAACUGUUCUGUCCUAUGAUAGAUGUGUUGCUAUAUGCUUUCCACUGAGAUACAAUGAGAUUGUGACUAAUAAAUCAAUGUUGGUCAUAACAGCCAUAUUAUGGAUCAUUGCAGGACUGGCCAUUCUCAUAGUUGUGAUUUUUAUCACCAGACUGUCCUUCUGCAAAUCCACUGUGGUACCCAGUUAUUUCUGUGAUCCUGGACCCAUACCACAUUUGGCAUGCAAUGACAACACUCCAAGUAUGGUGAUUCGUUGGACAAAUCCUGUUCUGAUUUUCUGGCUUCCAUUACUGUUUAUCGUGAUCACAUACAUUUGUAUCGCCAGAGCAUUGUUCAAAAUUGCAGCAGCCUCAGAGCGCCUCAAAGCCAUGCAAACCUGCACCUCUCAUUUAAUCCUGGUGAGUGUGUUUUAUCUUCCCAUGUGCAUCUCAUUUGCACUGGGCCCCUCCAUUCACCUCCAUGCCAGAAUAAUUAACCUGUCUCUGUCCACUGUCAUGCCACCUAUGCUGAAUCCAAUUAUCUACUCCCUGAUGACUGAAGAAUUCAGGGAAUCCAUUAAAAAGCUGUACAGAAGAAAGAAGAUACAC